CAGCGAUACUAGUGUUUCCUUCUGCGCUAGCCUUUUCUUGCACAGCGUAGCGCUAUUCAGAACUGACUCUUUCCGGUCCAGGCCGCUUACAACACGGCACUGCUUGCUGCUUCCGAUAUACCGAUACCAUGAAUGUUACGUCCAACGUGAUGUCUGCAUAGAAUCCUUUUACGCUUGAGGGCCACAACGAUGCCGCGCGCGGUUGGACCUGUCGAUUCCACAACACCCGGGCGGCCGAGGCUGCGCUCACAAGCCACACGCAAGCCACGACCGAGCUAGCCAGCCCACCACAGAGCAGCACCAGCAGCAGGGCGAGCAGCCGGCGACCAAGCGCGCCCGCCUGCAAUUGUCGCCACCGCAGCACCAGCAGAGACAGCGGCAGCGGCGGAGGCGGCGCUUACUGGAGAUGGCCUCCUCCUCCACCACAACCGCCACCACCACCAGCGCAGUUCUGUCACUGCCGUCGGAGGCUGAUGAGGACGAAGCCGACAGCGGCAGUAGCAGCACCAGUGGCGACGGCGGUGAUGGCAGUGACGGUACCAGUAGCGGUAAUGGCGGCAGCGGCGAUGGCAGGAGCGGGAGCAGGGGUACCCGCAGUGCUGAUGAGGGCGAUGGUGCCACGUCAGGCAGCACCUGUUCAUCGUCGUCAUCCGCACGCCGCCGCCGCCUCCACAACCAUGGCCCUUCGACCGCCGCCGCCGCCGCCGCUGCUGGCCCACCUCCACACCGCUCGCCCGCGGCCCCAAACGCCUCCUGCCACCGCAAACGGCGCGCAACGGAGGGCGCGGCUCCUUCCAAUGCUGCUGCUGCGACGGUGGCCGCGGCCGACGCAGCCGUGGCACACGCAGGGCUAGGCGGUAUGUCUGGGAGCGGCUGUGGUGGCGGCUUAGCGCAGCCGGCAGCAUGGGGGCAGGCGCCGCUGCCGCAGCCGCAGCUGCAGGCGCAGCCUGCAAAGCGCCCCAGGCAGCACGCGUCAUCACGUGCUGCCGCAGCGACCACACCGGCCGCAGCGGCCGCAGCGACUACAGCUGUCGGCGACGGUGGCAACAGCGGAUGUGGGCAGCACGGCAACGGCGGCGGCGGCAGCAACAGCGGCGGCGGCGCGCCCUCGGGGGUGGCUGCUGCCGCGUGCUGCGUGGAGUGCGGGCGGCACAAGCCGGGUGGGAGCACGCACUGGCGGCGCCACAAGCUGACGCCGGGGCUCUACACCUGCCGCAGGUGCUAUGACCACUUCAUGGCGCACAACGGCCGCUACCCAGGGCGCCCGUCGCCACUGCCGCCACCGCCACCACCAUUACCACCGCAGCCAGCAGAACCAGAUGCUGCAGCCGCUGACGCUGCCGCCGCCCCCGCUGCCAAGGGCACGAUGCUGGGUACCGGUGGUGGCGGUGCCGGAGUACGUCAUGAUAUGGACGCAGGCGCAGGAAAGGGUGAGUGUGAGGGUGUGCCUAUUGCUGCUGCUGCUGCUGCCGCGGACCUGGCGUUGGUCUUUCCUGCAGACACGGAUGCUGCAGCCACGGCCCCGCCAUGGCCCAAGGCCGUUGCUGCCGCUGUUGCUACCAGCCCAGCCUCCACAGCAGCAGUGGCCAGUGCACCGCCGGCACCAACGCAGCUGGUGGCGGCAGCGGCGGAGGCCAGGGCUGCAGCAGCAGGUGCUGCGGGCCCGGCAGGUGCGCCACAGGCGGCGGCGGUUGGCAGCGUGUCUGCGGGCGCGUCAUCGCAGCCGCCAACGCCGCAGCUGCAGCUGCUGCAGCUACAGCCGCUGGGCGCCGUCGCAGCAGAGCCGGACUGUGUUGUCGGCGCGGGCGCGGGUGCGGGUGCACCCGCCAACGGCUCCUCCACACAGUCGGCACUGUUACCAGCGGUGCCAAGGCUGGAUCAGCGACCUCCGCCAGCUUCCGCUCCGCCCCUCAUUCGACCUCUUACAAAGCUGCCAACCAGGCAGCUAGCAGAUGCCGCUGCCACCACCGCUGCCGCCGCACCCAUAGCCGCCAACCAGCCCGCAGCUACGACCCUUCCGCCGCGGCCUCGGGGGGCGCAUGGAGUGGCGCCGCCACCGCAGGGGCCGCCGCCUGCAACAGGGCGUCGCGUGCCGCCGCCACCUCCUCACUCGUCGUCGGUGCCGCCGCCGCGCCGGUCGCUCAUGCCACUCAGCGCUGGCGUGUUGCGGCUGGGCCCGGUGACGCCGGCGGCUGGCGGCGGCGCCGCCGCCUCGACAUAUGACGCCGCCAGCGGCGGCGGCGGCGGCACCGCGGCAGCUGGCAGUGCCCACAGCGGCGCGGGUGCGCGUGGCGGCGCUGGUGGCAGCAGUGAGAAGGGCAGUGGUGUUGGAGCCUUCCACGGCCCUCACACGGACCCGCCCCUGCCGCCGCAGCAGCAGCGGCAGCCACCGCUGCCGCACUGGCGGCACCCCGCCACCGCAGCCGCCCGCCGCUCUGAUCUGUUCACCUCCGCACACGCAGCAUCGCCAGCGGCACCGCUGGGCGUCGCAAGAGCCCACGGCUUCCUGCAUCAUCCGCCGCGGCCCGUGUCGCUGCAAGCACGCCGCGCCGGCGCCGGCGUCAGCGCCCGCGCCGGCGCCGGCGGCGGAUGGCGGAUGGCACCGAGGUCAACACUGGCAGCAGCGGCGCCGCCGGCAAUAUCUGGCGGCGGCGCUGGCGGUGGCGGCGGCGGCUACAGCGGCAGUAGCAGGCCGCUACUGACCAGCUGGCACCUGGCGGGGGAGCUGGAGCGGGUGGCGGGGAAGGUGGCGGCGGCCGCACGGGCGCUGGUGGCGGCGGAGGACGCGUCCGGAGGCGCCGUCAAGCUGCUGGCUCCGGCCGGCGGCGCUUACGGCGCAGCAGCCUGCGGCGGCGGCGGCGGCGGCGGCGGCGGCGGCGGCGGCGCGGGGGGCUGUGCUGGCGGCUUUGGUUCGGCGCCGGCGCCGCCGUCUGCUGCCAUGCGAGGUGCCUAUGAGCGCAUCUGCGCCCGCAACCCAUCCUUGCGGGCCCGGCUCCUCGGCGAUGCGAUCUUCCGGUGGCUACAUCCGCAGCUGCGGCCGCGUGUGAGCGUGGCCGUGGCGGCGGCGGCGGCGCGCCGCAGCCUGACGGCGGCGCUGGCGGAGCAGCUGCUUGGGCUGCCGCCGCGGCCGCCGCGCAGCGCUCCGGCUGUCGGCGCCUCCGCCGCCGCCACCGCCACCACCACAAGGGACAGUGACGGCACCACCAGCAAUCGCAGCAGCCGACAGGAGCAGCAGGUCGGGGGUGCAGCGGUGGCGGCGACGGCGGCGGCGGCGCCAUCGAUGCCGCUGCCGCCGCCGCCGCCAUUGCCGCCACCGCCGCCCACCCUGGAAGCUGCGUACCUGCAGUUGGAAGCCGUCGUGUCGGCAGCAGUACAUCUGGGGCUGCUCGUACACGAGUACAACUGCAAGCAGCGCAGCGGGGCGGCGGCGGCGGGCACCGCAGCGGCGGCCAAGGCCGUUACUGCCGCCGCUGCCGCCGCCGCCGCCGCCGUAUCAACAGCAGCAGCUGAUAGUGAUGAUGGUCAGUUGCCGCCGCUGGCGGCGCCGCCGACGCCGCCGGCCGGGUCUGACGCGCCGCCGCAGGGGGUGCGGCGGCGCAUGACGCCGGCGGCGGCGGUGGAGCUGGCGGCGGCCGCAAACCGGGCCUGUGCUGCAGCCGCGGCCACUGGUGCUGCCGCCACGGCUAAUGCCACUGCUACACUCACGGCUGUAGCAACGGCCGGCUCGGGCGGUGUGACGACCGCCGCCGUGGCGACGCCCGCCGCCAUGCCCGCCGCAGCCCUCCCACGGUGGCUGGGAACGGCUCCUGCACACGCGCCCGGCGGCACGCCCGGCGGCAGUACCAACCCUGGCCCGGUAAGUGCCGGCAGUAGCAACUGCUGGUGCAUUCGGUGGCGGCGUGUGGAGCUGCGGAUUUUGGCGCCAGGCUCGCCUGUCCCCGCCCCCAACACGCCGCCUCCACCUGCGGCCGUGCCGCUGCUACAGCCUCCGCCGCAGUCCACGCCAGCUACAGCCAUGCAGGCGAGGGCGCCGGUCACACCGGGCGCGGCGGUGGCGGCGCCGCGGGCGCGCGUGGUGGAGUGGCUACAGCCCGCAGCGGGCGCGGCGAAGCCCGGCGGCAGUAGCAGCCGCAGCGCUGGCGGUGGUGGCAGUAGCACUGGCGGCGGUAGCAGUGGCGGCGGCGUCGCGGUGUGGGUGGUGAGCCCGGGGCUUUGCCUCGUGACGCUGGGGCGCCGCGGCGGGCUAGGACACAAGCCCCAUCAGGGGCAGCAGCUGGGGUGGCAGCAGGGUGGGGUGGCGGGAAGACGGCUGGGCACGGGGCCGGGGCCGGGGCUGGGAGGCAGCGGUGUGGUCGCGGAGCGGGAGCAAUGGGUUUCCCCGGUGCAGGUGGUGGGGCUGCGGUAACCACACACAUACACACGCACACACGAAUGCACACACACGCAUACCGGUACACACAGACGCGCACACACAACCGCGGUAGCGGCGCGGGUGCCUGCAGCACCUGCUGUAACGCUGUAGUCUGUAGGUGAGAAGCAGGCACGCCCUCUGUCUGCUGGCUGAUGCUCUCUCGCUGGUGCCGACCGACCUUUCAAGAGUCUCAGGCAGGCAGCAGGGCAGGCAGGAGGGCAGGCAGGAGGGCAGGCAGGAAGGAGCGCAGGCAGGCAGGAUGGCAGGGCAAGCCCCAUGCCACAUGCAAUGGCGCCUUACACGCACUCCAUACACGGUACCCAUUGUCAUAAGGACUGGAAUGUAUGUGUGCGUUCCACUUGAGGGCAGGCUGGGCAGGCAGGCGGUGUAUGGUACCGGUACCGGUGGGCUGUUGAGAUGCGGCGGACCGCCCAAAGUGUGACACUGCGUGGGGCGUGCGGUAGUGGUAGCGGUGGCACAAAGCAUGCGGCAGUGCGUGAGCGCGGCCGCGGCCGAGGAGCUGUUGUCGAGCAAGGGGAAGGAGGAGCGCCUCAUUGCCGCCGCGGUUUGUGUCUCAUCAGUGGUAGGGCGCACAGGCGGCACCGCUUGCGUGUGGCUGGUGUGAUGCGUGGGUGCCCGCAGGCGUCGCAGGAGUCGGGGGAGUCGGGGGAGCCGCAGGCCUUUCAUGAAAGCGCCGCCGGGGGCCUGGGGGCUGAGGCACCAGGAUCCAGCGCCUUCGACGCCUGUGUGCAUGUGUGUUUAUGCAAAUCUUGACAUGCUGUGGGAGGAAGGCCUGACGGCGCGUAAGUCCCUACUCUAAGGGUAGCCCCAGCUCGACAUCAAGUCCUUUUACGGCGUUCCUGCUACACAUGCCUUUUGACAAGCUGUCCCGCUACAACAUGAGGGGGCGCCUUGCUGCCUGCGCCUUGGGGGAGACGGGUGAACACUGGCAGCAACCCAGCAGGGGAACUGGGGAAGACGACUGCUGGGGCUCGCUGCUGGUCACACGUACGGUAAUCUGUGUGUACAGGUGGAAUUUGGGGGCUUGCGUGGCUGUGUGACGUGCUGACGUAUCAGGACGUAUACGGC